CGAAAGUAGAAAUAAUCAGACGUGGAAAGAUAGAAGUCGAACAAAAGUCCUCCAUUUUCUUCCACUCCUCAAAACCACUAUCUUUUUUUUUUCUUUUUUGCUUUUUUUUCAUAAUAAAAAAAAAAAAAAAAAAAAAAAACCAAAUCCCAUUUUAGUCUCAUCUUCCCCGAUCUGAUGCAGCGACCCCAUCACACUAACCACAUACCAGCUGUUGCCACCUAACUAUCUUUACUUCAAUCCACUCAUUCUGCAUCAAGAUUCCUCAUACCCACUAAUCUUUUUCCCCAAUUUCUGCAAAAAUCUCAUCUUUUUUGUUAAAAAUGGGAUCUUGAAGUGUGAAUUGAAAAGGGUUUUCUUGAUUUUGAUGUGGGAUGGCCUCACACAGCUGGAAAGAUGCUUAUAGAGGAAUGUCUUCUGAUAAUAUUAAAGGGUUGGUUCUAGCAUUGUCUUCUAGCUUGUUUAUUGGGGCUAGCUUUAUUGUUAAGAAAAAAGGGCUCAAGAAAGCAGGGGCAUCUGGUGUUAGAGCAGGAGUUGGAGGAUAUUCAUACUUAUACGAGCCUCUAUGGUGGGUAGGCUUGAUAACGAUGAUCGUCGGGGAAAUUGCAAAUUUUGUAGCUUAUGCAUUUGCACCAGCUAUUCUGGUGACUCCACUAGGGGCACUCAGCAUUAUUAUCAGCGCUGUACUUGCACAUAUAAUAUUACGAGAAAAGCUACACAUUUUUGGAAUUCUUGGUUGUGUUCUAUGCGUUGUGGGGUCCACCACAAUCGUUCUACAUGCUCCUCAGGAACGUCCUAUUGAAUCUGUGACAGAAGUAUGGGAUCUUGCUACCGAGCCAGCUUUUGUUCUAUAUGCAGCAUUGGUGUUGAUAGCUGUUUUUGUAAUUAUAUUUCACUACAUACCAAUGUAUGGUCAAACACACAUAAUGUGCUACAUUGGUGUUUGUUCGCUAGUAGGCUCUUUAUCAGUGAUGAGUGUGAAAGCUAUCGGCAUUGCUUUGAAGCUUACAUUAUCAGGAAUGAAUCAGCUUGUAUAUCCCCAAACAUGGGCCUUUACCCUCAUUGUUGUGCUUUGUAUCAUCACCCAAAUGAAUUAUUUAAAUAAGGCACUUGAUACCUUCAAUACGGCGGUUGUCUCACCCAUAUACUAUGUUAUGUUCACAUCUCUUACAAUCUUGGCGAGUGUGAUCAUGUUCAAGGAUUGGGAUGGGCAAAAUCCUUCACAGAUUAUAACGGAACUAUGCGGCUUUGUGACAAUCCUUUCUGGAACGUUUCUUCUUCACAAAACCAAAGACAUGGUUGAUGGUCAAAUACCUCUGUCAGUACGAUCUGCAAAGCAUAUGGAUGAUGAGAAAGACGCUACAGAUGAUGAAAGCAUCCCGUUGACGUUGAGACGACAGGAGACUAUGAGGUCUCCAUAAUGUAUUUUUUGCUCAUAUUUGUACAAUUUUAAUCCACCUCCAACAUAUGGAUACAGCAGGAAUUAAAGAAAAUAUUCUUUAUUAGGCAGGAUAGGAGUUUUGAGAAAAUUGGGAUCCUCAUGUCAUUGUAAUCAUAUUGAUUAAUGCAAAAUGCACCCUUUCCAAUCUUGAUAACACAAA